CCCCACGGUGCUGCCAUCCCCAGGAGUACCGCAGCUUCGACCGGGUGAAGGUGGACGGCACCGCCACGCUGUUCCUCCGCACCCACAUCCCCACCAUCAACAUGAGGAACCACACGGUGCGGUUCUCAGUGGAUGUGGACUCGGAGCUGACGGAGGAGCAGCCGCCGCAGGUCGCACUGUGGUUGGUGUUGGUGGCGGCGGCGGCGGGGCUGCUGCUGCUGGGGCUGAUCAUUGUGCUGCUGUGGAAGUGCGGUUUCUUCCGACGGGCCAGCACGCGUGCAAUGUACGAGGCCAAGGGGCAGAAGGCGGAGAUGCGCAUCCAGCCGUCGGAAACCGAGCGGCUGACGGACGACUACGUAACGGGGUGGGGGGGAAACGCAGCCCCACUGCCCCCCCCGGCGCCCGCGCCGCCCGCCCGGUAAUGCCCCGCACCCGCA